AUGAAUGGCCGGAGCAUGGAGGAAAUACCAUUCGAAAGAGUCAAGACUCGACGGAAGAAGGGUCACUGCCCGGCCGGUGCACCCCUGGGCGCCAUCGCCUGCGAGGACGAGUUCAACAGCAGGGAGCUAGAGGCUCUCUUCCAAAACUAUAAUCUGAAGCUGGAACAGACCGCCACGCUCAAAGCCCUGGCGGUGCUCAUCGUGGCCGCGUCGUCCCUGGCGCUGGUCGAGCUGCUGUCCGGUCCACGACUCACCGUCUCCAAGGGCUCCCACCCCGUGCACUGCGUGGUGUUCCUCUCGCUCUUCAUCGUCACCAACGUCAAGUACCUGCAGGUGACGCAGCUGCAGCAGAUUGCCAAGCUCUCGCUGCUCUUCAGCUUCACCUUUGCGCUCCUCUGCUGCCCGUUCCCUCUGGCGCUCGGCGCUGCCGAGUUGGAGAGCGCCGCUGCCCCCGAGCAAGGCGUGUGGCAGCUGAUGCUGGUCACCCUGGUGGCUUACCUGCUCCUGCCAGUGCGGACUCUGCUCGCCGUGCUUUUUGGGGUGAUGGUGGCCGCGUCUCACUUCAUCGUUACUGUGACGUCGGUCACGGGGAGGAAGGAACGGAUUUGGAGACCGCUGGUGGCCAACGUGGUGCUGUUCACCAGCGUCAACCUGUCAGGGGUGUUUGUGCGGAUCCUGACGGAGCGGACCCAGCGGAAGGUCUUCCUGCAGGCGCGCGACUGCAUAGAGGAGCGGCUGCGGCUGGAGGACGAGAACGAAAAACAGGAGCGUCUGCUAAUGAGUCUUCUGCCCAGGAAUGUUGCCAUGGAGAUGAAGGAGGACUUCCUGAAACCUCCUGAGAGGAUAUUUCACAAGAUCUACAUCCAGCGUCAUGACAACGUCAGCAUUCUGUUUGCUGACAUUGUUGGUUUUACCAGCCUGGCUUCUCAAUGCACUGCCCAGGAACUGGUGAAAUUACUCAACGAACUAUUUGGGAAAUUUGAUGAGCUGGCAACAGAGAACCACUGCAGGCGGAUCAAAAUUCUGGGGGACUGUUACUACUGUGUGUCGGGUCUGACCCAGCCAAAAGCAGACCACGCCCACUGCUGCGUAGAGAUGGGCCUGGAUAUGAUCGAUACCAUAGCGUCGGUGGUGGAGGCCACCGAGGUGGACCUGAACAUGCGAGUGGGUCUGCACACAGGCCGGGUGCUCUGCGGCGUGCUGGGCCUGAGGAAGUGGCAGUACGACGUGUGGUCCAACGAUGUGACGCUGGCCAACAUGAUGGAGGCGGGCGGUCUGCCUGGCAAGGUGCACAUCACCAGGACCACGCUGGAGUGCCUGAACGGAGACUACGAGGUAGAGCCAGGCCUCGGAAACGAGCGCCAUGCCUUCCUCCAGAAACACCACAUUGAGACCUUCUUCAUCGUUCCUUCUCACAGGCGCAAGAUCUUUCCAGGUCUGAUCCUGUCCGACAUUAAGCCAGCCAAAAGGAUGAAGUUCAAGACGGUGUGUUACCUGCUGGUGCAGCUCAUGCACUGCAGGAAGAUGUUCAAGGCGGAGAUCCCCUUUUCCAACGCCAUGACGUGUGAUGACGACGACAAGCGGCGGGCGAUGCGCACAGCGUCGGAGAAGCUGAGGAGCCGGACGUCCAUCUCGGCCUGCCCCGUGCAGCCCGCCCCGGGCUCCCGGGUCAACCGCUUCAUCGGACGGCUCAUCGAGGCCCGGCAGACGGACUCGGAUACCCUGGAGCUCAGAUACCUGACGCUGGAGUACCGGAACCCGGACCGGGAACGACGGUAUCACCAGGUGUCCGACGACCAUUUCGUCAGCGCCGUGGUCCUGUCUCUGGUGCUCUCCACUCUGUUCGGCCUCAUCUAUCUACUCAUGGUGCCACAGGGGAUGCUGGUCCUGCUGUUGCUGCUGCUGUGUGUGUGUUUCCAUGUGACCUGUGUGAUGUACCUGCACCUGACCAGUAUUCAGUGUCAGCCUGGCUGCCUCACCAUCCAGAUCCGCACGGUAGUCUGCGUCUUCCUGGUCCUACUCACCUUCUCCAUAACCCAGGCCUGUGUGGUGGUCUGCGUCCCUUGGCUAAGGGGGAGCGUCAACCGGACCUCGUUCUUUGAGUUCUUUGCCACGGACGCGACACUCCUGGGCUCGUGGAACGGUACUGCGGUGGAAGGGGCGUGUCCCAACGUUCCGUACACCCUCUUGUCCUGUGUGGCCGCCAGCCUCACCAUCGUCCCUUACCUCCGGGUCUCCUCGGUACCCAAGAUCGUCUUGCUCCUCCUACUCUCCACCAGCUACACAGUUGUCAUGGAGACUAGCGGCUAUCGGCAAGCCGUGGGGGGAGGCUUUCUUCACACCAGGGGCUAUGAUCCAGUUCUCGCUGUCCUGCUGUUUACUGGAGCUCUGACAUUACACUCCCGGCAGCUGGAUCUGAAGCUACGACUGGACUAUCUCUGGGUCACUCAGGCUGAGGAGGAGCGGGGAGACAUGGAGAAGGUGAAACUGGACAACAAGAGGAUCCUGUUCAACCUGCUGCCGGCCCACGUGGCCCAGCACUUCCUCAUGUCCAACCCCAGGAACAUGGACCUGUACUACCAGUCGUACGCGCAAGUCGGCGUGCUGUUUGCGUCCAUCGCCAACUUCAACGAUUUCUACAUCGAGCUGGACGGCAACAACAUGGGAGUGGAGUGUCUCCGCCUGCUCAACGAGAUUAUAGCUGACUUUGAUGAGCUGAUGGAUAAAGAGUGCUACAGGGACAUCGAGAAAAUCAAGACGAUCGGCAGCACCUACAUGGCCGCCGUGGGGCUGGUUCCUACCACCGGCGCCAAGGCUAAGAAGUCCAUCGCGUCACACCUGUGCACUGUGUCAGACUUCGCCAUCGAGAUGUUUGACGUCCUGGAUGCCAUCAACUACCAGUCCUACAACGACUUUGUCCUGAGAGUAGGUAUCAACGCGGGCCCGGUGGUGGCGGGCGUGAUCGGAGCCAGAAGACCACAGUACGACAUCUGGGGGAACACGGUCAAUGUGGCCAGCCGCAUGGACAGCACCGGAGUCCAGGGCAAGAUACAGGUGACAGAGGACGUGUACCGCAUCCUCACGGAUCACUAUGACUUUGUGUGCCGAGGACAGGUCAGCGUGAAGGGCAAGGGUCAGAUGCUUACCUACUUCCUGGAAGGGCGGAGCCAAAGGAGAGGAGUGUCCGGGAGCCAGCCACCGCGGCACGGCGAGCGGCGCUCAAGCCACUUCGCCCGCAGCAAUGUGUGCACCCGCUUGAGCCCCGCCCCCAAGGUGGCCACCUACGCCGCCAUUAGGACGCCUAUCCCCGGCGCGGCCAUGCCAACCACCUCCACCAGCAGCACCCGAUACCUGCCCUCUGCACCCGCCGCAAAGGUGUGAUCCUCGCACGCAUGCGCACCUACGCCCACGCAGACUCUGUGACGGGGUUGUGGUGGGACGCUCGAAAGGAGAAGAAGAAGAAAGAGCCUUUGUCUAAAGGAGGCCUUGGUGCUAGGUGCUUGGUUCUUGGUUAUUGGUUCUUGGUUCUUCGGGCUGUGUCUCAUUAGCCUCGUGAGACCAUCCUGAUCUUGCGAGCUCCAUUGUAUUUAUUCGCAUCAGUCUGGUAACCUGCGAUGGAGAAAAUUUGUAGCCGGUCGCUAAAUUACCAGCCAAUCAGCGCUGUUUUUGAGGUGGGUUAAGGUGUGACGCAACGAGAAGCGACUGUUAAGUCUAAAAACAACACGGCGGCUUCCGUUGAUCGGAUUGGUUGAUUUGGCCCGUCUAUCAGCAACAUAGGUGGUGAAGGACAGAUGGUUUAUCCAAUCAGCUAACCAGUAUUUUCACCCCUUCCCAAAAGUUCUCCAACGGAAGGCUCCCACAUGGAUAUGCUGAGCAAAUGCGAAUCAAUCCAUCUGGCGGAGUCAGGUUAGUGUCUCAU